AUGCCGCGAGACCCCUUAAUCGGAUUAGUCGGAAAGCCGUCAAGUGGUAAAAGCACCACAUUAAACAGCUUGACCGAUGCCAGUUCCAAAGUUGGUUGCUUCACAACGAUAGACCCUCAGCGUGCCAUUGGCUACCUACAAAUCGAAUGCGCCUGCAAACGAUACAACCUGUCCGAUCGAUGUAAACCAAACUAUGGAGCCUGCGUUGAUGGACGGCGGUCGGUUCCUAUCGAGUUGCUGGACGUAGCUGGCUUGGUGCCAGGGGCACAUGAGGGAAAGGGUUUGGGGAACAAAUUCUUGGAUGAUUUACGACAUGCAGAUGCUCUGGUCCAUGUGGUAGACGUGUCGGGGACUACGGAUGCGGAAGGCAAAGCAACACGAGGCUACGACCCCUCGCAAGAUAUCGUCUGGCUACGCUCCGAGAUAGUACAAUGGAUACGCGGGAAUCUGAUGCAGAAAUGGGGCUCGAUAAGACGGCGGCACGUAGCUGUGAAAGCUACGGCCGUGGAGACUCUACAAGGGCAAUUCUCAGGAUACGGAUCUACGGCUACCGUGGUAGCCAGGACACUGGAUAGACUGGCGUUGAAGGAGCCCUUGGAGCAUUGGUCCGACGAGACUAUAGACAAAGUCGUCAACGCCUUCACGGACGAGAAAUUUCCCACGGUUAUCGCGCUUAACAAAAUCGACCAUGCGGACGCAGACAAGAACAUCAGCAAGAUCGCUAAGAUGCAGGACCCGAACUCGAUAGUCCUCUGCUCUGCAAUCUCAGAGGUAUUCUUGAGGAAGCUAGCAAAGCAGGGCUUCAUCAGGUAUACAGAAGGCAGCGAGUUUGUCGAUACUAGGGAAGAUUUGAUAGCAGACGGAGAUCCGGACGGUGGCGGGUUGAAGGAGCUCGACGAGAAACUCAAAAAUCGCAUAGAGAAUCUGAAGGAUAUGGUGCUGUACCGUUUUGGGUCUACGGGGGUUGUGCAAGUUCUCUCGCAGGCUGCAGAACUGCUGGGUUUGGUCCCGGUUUUUCCCGUAAGGAAUGUCAAUACAUUUGCUUCUGGUGCCUCGGGUUCGAAUGCUGUCUUUCGGGAUUGUGUGCUGGUGAAGAAGAAUACGACUGUUGCGGAGGUUGCGAGGAAGGUUAUGGGUGAUGCUCCUUUGGCUUAUGUCGAGGGCGCUGGUGGGGUGAGGGUUGCGGAGGAUGAUCUUGUUGCGGUUGGGAAGAACGAUAUUCUCUCAUUUAAAGUCGGCCGGGCAUGA